UUUUCUUUCGAAUAAUUAGGUGUUGAGAAUUGUGAUCAUUUGUGUUUUCCCCGCGAGGAUCCAAAAUGGACAUGAUCGCGACGCCAGGUGUUGACUUGGCCAACCUAAUGAACCAUGAUAUUCCUUUGGGAAAGCAGAGCCUCAUCGAUUCCCACACCAACUUGGAGCGAGUUGCUGAAUACUGUCAGAUGAACUAUUUGAACAUGCCCAAAGAGAGAAAAUCAGCCGCCCUGACGGAAACCAAAAAUUACACGGUGCAGUCCUUGGCUAGCGUGGCCUACCAGAUCAACUCCCUGGCGAACAACUUCCUGCAGAUGUUGGAUCUACAGCAAGCACAAUUGGCACACAUGGAAUCCCAGGUUACCCACAUUGCUCAGCAAGUCAACAUACACAAGGAGAAGGUGGCCAGGAGGGAGAUCGGCGUUUUGACAGCCAACAAAAUUUCCAAUCGACAAUUCAAAAUCAUCGCCCCCGCAAACCCCGAGCGACCGAUCAAAUACGUGCGGAAGCCCAUCGAUUUUUCUUCGUUGGAUCACAUCGGACACGGAGUAAGAAUGCCGGGUUCUCGAAGUGCUCAGAGGAUGAAUUCGACGGGUUCUUCUGGAAUGGGUGCAGGUCCUGCUCCUCAAAGUAAACCACCCACUCCGCCCAUGAGUGGGAUGCGCCCGGGGUCCCAGACUUCAUUGUCAGCCUCUUCAACGGGCACCCUGGGUAAAAGGAGCGACUACCGAGCCCUUCCAGUCGUUGCUCCCCAGGUGCCGAGUCAUUAUGCGCCAAAUUACCCACGUCGAAGCGGGGGUUAUUCUAGUUUGCCGCUGACUGGCCCUGGGGGUCCACAAGACCCGUACCAGUCUGGCAUGAUGUCAAUGCAGCAGCAAGGACAGUAUGCCCCGGGUGGAAUGCAGUUGCAUUAUCAGCAACAGCAGCAGCAACAACAACCAGCUUCUGGUCAGAGCAUGUAUGCGCAGUUGCCACAGUCAUCCACAUCUUCGAGGGGCUCUGAUUACGCUAGUGCGAGAAUCAGCUCUCAGUCUGGUGGGCCUCCGAGUCCUGUGCCGCAGGGCAUAAUCCAAGCUCCAGCAAAUGGGAAGUCUUCCGAGUACAGUGCAUUCGAUCCAGCAAAAAUCAACCGGCAAAACCAAAUGCAAUAUCAACAGCCACAAUUCACGCGGCAGUCGUCCAUGAGCACUGAUCCCAGAAUGUCGACUGCACCCCGGAACAUGACGAGGGAACCCGAAUGGGCCCCUGCCGCUUAUAUCGAAAAAGUGAUCGCGGUGUACGACUACGUGGCGGACAAAGAAGACGAGCUGUCAUUUCAAGAAAACGCAGUCAUAUUUGUGGUGAAGAAGAAUGAUGAUGGAUGGUGGGAAGGAGUCAUGAACGGAGUCACCGGGCUCUUUCCUGGCAAUUACGUGGAGCCAUGCAUGUAGGAAGGACUUUUUCGAAGUCAAAGUAUUGGAAUGGAAAAAGAAGAAACUCGUCGUUUUUCCUCUUUUUACCGAUCACGGAAAAUAAUUUUGGGAACAAGUUGAAUUCAUUAGCUCUUUGUGCUACACGUCUUCGAGUGUGCAACGCACGGGCUUUUUUUUCCAAGUGUCGAGCUCAUUAAACCCUUGCAUAGCAAACUCAUUUUUAUGCCGAAUAUUUGUUGCGGAACUCGGUAUUUUAUUUCUUCAUUGAUGUAUAAUUUAUGUUGGACACGUCUUCGUGAUCGCUACGCAAUGGUUUGGUGUGCUCCAGCAUUGAUUAUGGAAGAUCUUCGUGGAAAGAUGAUGAGGAAUAUAUUCUGAUUCUAUGCUUUUUCGUAAA